UAAAUAAACGUGUGUUUUUUUACAGUAAACAAAGUGGUUGCACUUUUAAAUAUUUUCUUUUACAUAUGUUACUAUUAUUUUGAGCACAGCGGUAUGUGAUGGCCAGAUGCUGCGGCGCAUUUGUUGUUGUCGGCGUGACGUAACAACCGGCGACGCAAUAACAUGAUAUAGAAUUUACUUAUGGCUCGGAAGUCAAUUGAUUUUAAUUGUCGCUGCCGUUUAAGGUGGAAAAUAAAUAUUGAUUAUGCCCAAAAGAGUUGUGCUGGCAACAAAUCGAUAAGAGCCUCGCUGAAAACAGCGAUCAAUCGGUUUUGAGCGUUCAACACGUGUGUAGGGUGUCUGGAGAACUGGACAACUGAAUCCACCUGUGUGUUUCUGAUUGUUGGUAUAUGACGUUUAAAAGAAGUGAUAAAUUUAGAUUGGCUUUGUGAAGAGAUAAGAUUGAGCAGACGAAAGCAACAAAACCAUGGCCUGAUACACCAGAUAACCCGUGAAUCUAGACAAUAUAUUGCGCUCCGCCAGUUCAGAUGCAGAAAUCCCACUAAAGGCAUAUAUUUUAGCGCUCUUCGAAGAGCUUCGUAACGUUGUGUUGCGUUACGUUACGCGUUACGUCAGGCCGUUACACAAUUUUAAAGAUGAAGGAGUGGUUGAAGAUUUCCUGCCUUCUUUGCGUUUUCGGUUUUAUCCGAGAGAUUCGUCCAUCAGAGCCCUACGUCACGGAAUUUCUGCUGGGUCCAUGGCGAAAUAUAACAAAUGAACAGCUAACGCAAGAUGUAUAUCCAGUUGGCACAUAUUCUCACCUGGUGCAGUUGGUCUUUGUUUUCCUCAUAACUGAUUUUCUAAGAUAUAAGCCCCUAAUCAUAACUAUUGGGGCAGCUGGUGUGAUAAUAUGGAGCAUGCUGAUCUGGACCACUAGUCUGCUGUCGCUGCAGAUAUUGGAAUUCUUUUAUGGAACGUAUAUGGCCGCCGAGGUUGCCUACUAUACGUAUAUUUAUGCCAAAGUGGACAAGAAGUACUAUCCCAAGGUCACCUCCCACACCCGAGCAGCCAUGUUUGCUGGCAAACUGGUUUCCGGGAUCACAUCGCAGCUGAUGAUCUAUUUCGAGCUGAUGGACUACAAAGAACUCAACUAUAUUACGCUGGCAACUCAAAUAAUUGCUAUGCUUUGGGCUUUCGGUCUUCCCAAAGUCGACAAAAGCCUUUACUUCCAUCAAGUGCAGUUGCCCAUUACGGAUCAGCAGUCUCAUAUAAACGACCUACAGGUUGUCGUUUCGCCGGGAGAACAGGAUAGUACCCCCAAGAAGCCUCGAGCGCUGGAUCUUCUGUGGCUGCAUUUCCGCAACGCCUACACCAAUCCGCGGGUCAUACAGUGGAGUCUGUGGUAUUCCAUAGGCUUGGCUGGUUACCUGCAGGUCACUUACUACAUGCAGGUUCUGUGGAAAGAGAUCGAACCAGAGCCGAAAAUGGCCUGGAACGGAGCAGUGGACGCUGUUCUGACAGCUCUGGCUGCCCUGUGUGCCUUGGCUGCUGGCUAUCUGCACACGGGACGACUCAGACCGCGAGCAUCUCUUCUGAUCCUGGCAUUUUUGUCCGCUGCCGAGGGUGGUUGUGUGCUUAUCUGCUGCUGGACGAACGACAUCUACUGGUCGUACGCAGGAUUCGUACUGUUCGGCGCUUUAUUUGGAUUCGCCAUCACGGUGGCCAGUGCUGAAGUGGCUCGAAAUCUUCAGGAAGACAGCUUUGGCUUGGUGUUUGGCAUUAACACCUUGCUAGCCCUCGUAUUCCAAUCGCUCUUAACCAUAAUCUUUGUCACUGGAACUGGCUUUGAACUUGAUUCAGUGGGCCAAUACACGGCUUACGCUUUUUAUUUCAUUGCCGUGGGCUUGCUGUAUCUGAUAUCCGUGCUGGUUGAAUGCCUCUGGUUCCGCGACAAAGAUAGUGAGAAACUGGAGAAUUCUCUGGAUUGAUGACAGGUGCAUUUAUAAAGUACUUAUUGUCACCAGUUGACAGGCUCAAAUUUGUUACUUAAGAAAAAAACUGUUCCUACGGGGCGAAUACUGCUUGGUGGUAUUUCAGUGAUUGUUGAUUGUAUUCUCAGAAUAGUUAAGUCAUCUUCAAAUCUGCAAACUGUUGCUGAGUUCUAAGUAUUUAGUGCAGAUUUCCAUUUAUAGAGCGCACAAUCAGUCUCAAGUGUGGCGGAAUAAAGAUACGGUGCUUUUGUAGAA